AUGGGCGUCGAGGACGUGCACGACGUCGGCGACGGGACGCCGCUCUACAAGCUCUUCAGCCCCGAGGACUGGGCAUUGCACUCGCUCCGCUGCGAGCUCUUCCUUCUGGCGGCCGCGUACAAGAAGGACGUCGACGACCCCGAGCGCCCAGGGAUCCACGAGGAUCACAUCACCUUCUAUUUCGGCAAGUACUUCAAAAAGAGCCUGGUGCCCAAGCACUACGGGAAGGACUCGUUGGCCGAUCUGUUGACCAUGGUGAAGGACACGGUGAGCGUCGACCCGGAGAACGGCGUGCUGACGCUGAAGGUCGAGGACGACAAGCCGGCCGACUACUUCUUGAAGAAGCAGGAGGAGAACCGCCGCGAGCGGCAGCGCAGGAUUGACGCCGGCGACGAGACGGCCCGCCUCGACUUCUCGGCGCUGACGAAGCAGAAGGAGCAGGCCGAGAAGCAGGCGGCCGCCCGGGCGCAGGCGGCGCAGGCGGCGCCGCAGGCGCCGGCUGCGGCUGCCACGAUGAAGGCGCCGUGGAAGACGCCGGCUGCGGCUGCCACGAUGAAGGCGCCGUUGAAGACGCCGGCUGCGGCAGCUGGCGCCGCCACGGGCGCGGCUCCUGCCGCCAAGGCGCCAGUGCCGACCGGCAAAAUGGUCGCGCCGAAGGGGCAGGGCAAGGGCGCCGCGCCGUGGCAGCAAGGCGGCAGCAAGGCGUGGCAAGGGCAAGGGCCCAAGGGCGGCGGCAAGGCGUGGCAGCCCGGCAAGCAGGGCGGCAAGAAGUGGUGA